AUGCGACGUUUGUUUACGGGGGACUGGCCAGAAGGGACAGUCGACACUAUAUUAUUGCAGUUCAACGCCCAUGCUUCAGCCCACAUCCAGGUGAGUCUGGAAAACGACAGAAAUCGCUCCGAUGUGCCCGAGCCCGAGAGUAUGGCCAUGCCAGGCAUGGACAUACAACACACAGCCUGGUCCAUCAAGCGGGACAUGUCGAUCACGGCAACCGAACUCUUACAGAAUCGUUACGUUGGGAACCCUCACAGAGAUCCGGUAGAUAUGUAUCGAUGGUUCGAGGCCAAGCUGGUGUCGCCCGUCCUCCCGGCCCUCAGCAACGUCACGUACCAGAAGAUCCGCGACGCCUGCCGCGCUAUACGGCAGGAUAUCCGGGUCCACAGACCGGUGUCGUGGACCAAUACGUCAGUCGCGGUACACAUCGGUUCGACCCACGGCUGGACGCUGCUCCAGCUCAAGAAGUUCUGCUCGAUGUGGGUGCUGUUCGAAGACUUCCUCAUCCAUCUGCACCCAGAAUACCGAUCGACCGAUCCCGGGCCCGUCAUUCCCCCCAACGUCAGCCUGGACCCAGCAGAACGACCGACCGACCCCGGGCCCUACAGGGCCAACCGCCGUAGCAUACUCAUCCAGCUGCAGGAGUUCUUGAGACACGUACCGUCGGACAACGUGACUCCGGUCCAGCGCACAGCGCUGGAGCUCGUGUUCCUUUACGCUUCGAUCAACGCCCUGAGAGAGGUCUGGGAUGACUACGUCGAGAACCCAAACAUGAUCUUCUCUCUCGACGUAAGCGGCUACAAGCGGACGGGCGACCGGCCAGACCCCGGUCCGGCGCGCUCACAGACCGUGAAGAUUAACAUCAUGCAGGGGACUCUGGACGGCGAGCACAUCGGGCACUUGCUGGCGAUUGUGGAGUGUAUGGCCAGGUUCGCCAGAGAAAGCAACCCGGAGGAGUUCCACGACAUGCUUCAGCGGUGGCAGGCCUGGUCGGGCCCCCAACCGAGAAUCCGUGCGCUGGAGACUCUGCUGGGUGCGCCUGGGACGAAGGUCGACUACUUCUCGAAAGGUAAGAUAACCGACUGGUACGAGUACCCCGACAAGAAUGUCACGAAUUGGAUGGACCCCUUCAUGUCGGGCGGUUCACGCGACGUUUAUAGACGGCGGCGGGGCGAAAUGCGCUGA